UGAAGAAUAGGCUAGCAAAAUUCACAGCGCCUGGGGGACACUGGAUCUAACUGUGGGAAUUCCUUACGGUUGUAUAUCUAUUCCCACCAUGCUCUUGUGCACCCUCUUUGCAUUUCGUCCUGUUCUCGUGGAAGGUGUUUGAUCUCCAGGAGCUCCACAUCCACCUUCUGGACUUUGCAACCUAUCCGGAUCUCCUGGGUUUCCCUUUGAUCACGAGGAGGAGCAGCUGUUAUUUUAAAAAUGCCUGGAGUUUCUGAAGCAGAAAUACAGACUGUGACUGGUCUUAUUAAGUCUCUACUCAAUGCGCAGCUUAAAUCUAUCUUGCGACACGAGCACCUUGCUGUAUCUGGGGUGAAAAAUGUCCUUCAGUUCAGGAUACUUAACCAUCUGCACAGAAUGUCCCAAAACCCAGUAGAGUUUGAUCGAAUCAGGAGAUAUAUUUACUAUGUUGCCCAACACCCGAUGCCGACCGCCCCUACGCCCUCUCCAUCAUCGUUCACACAACCUCCUCAUUCCGCUCCUCAACCCUUACCAGCCCAUAGACCUCCUUAUUCUACAACUAUGACUCCAUCUCAUGGCGUGGCAAUUGGGCGCUUGAGUUUCAAGGAGAGUCCUUUUUUCACGAUACUUGAAACAUUGACACCUGUUGUGGAGUGCAAAAUUCGUGAAAGCACAAGGGAGACUGUUGAACUUAAGGUCAAUUUCAGUGAAAUGAUGGCCUCUCGAUUACAGAGUGAGCCUGACUUGCGAGUCAUGGUUUACUGCGCGGGAGACAACGGUUUAAAUCACUACUCCCGAUCAGAUAUCGCAUUUCCGCACCAGGUUGAACUCAAGGUUAACCUUGAUGAUGUAAAGAUAAACUUGCGAGGCUUGAAGAAUAAACCUGGGACAACUAGGCCGGCAGAUAUCACGAAUUUCAUCCGCAAAAAGCCGGGCUAUACAAACUACGUCUCUAUGACUUAUGCUCUUACACAAAAGAAGUUUUUUGUUGUUGUUAACCUAGUUAAGAAGCAUUCGGUCGAUGAACUCGUCGAGAGACUUAAAAGGAGGACGAUUAUCACCGCCGAACAGGUAAUCCGGGAAAUGAAAAACAAAGCUGCGGAUACCGAUAUUGUGGCAACAUCAAGCGUUAUGUCCUUAAAAUGCCCCUUGUCGACUCUACGUAUCACGGUUCCUUGUCGCACUGUGCUCUGUACUCACAACCAGUGCUUUGAUGCUACAUCUUUUCUGCAGCUGCAAGAGCAGGCCCCCACUUGGACUUGUCCUGUCUGCAAUAAGUCCACGUCAUUUGAAGGCCUUCAAAUUGAUCAAUAUGUUGAUAACAUCCUCAAAGCCACAUCCUCUGACACGGAUCAAGUCACUAUCGAACCCAACGGCAAUUGGUCCAACCCUGAAGAUAAAACAAUUGAAACCCAAGGUCCCACUCCCGCUGAUGACGGAGACGAUGAUCUGGUCGAAAUCCGCGAUUCUCGCGUCUUAACUCUCAAGCAAGAACCUACUCCAUACUCACUUCCGUUCCAGUCUUCAGUCACCCCAACUCGCUCCUCACGUGAACCGUCAUCGGUCUCAUCGGCACCGCGCCCAUCAACUAACAAGCGUCCUGCAAGUCAGGUUAUUGAUCUGACAGGAAGCGACGACGAAGAGCCACCCCGCCCAUCAAAACGACCUGCUUACAAUCAUAACCCAUCUCUCAACGGAUUUCGUCGGCAGAGCUAUGACUACCGUGCGGGCGGUAAUUACGGAAAUACACAAUCUCCUCUUUCAAACUCUUACAGCAGCUAUUGAUUCGAGUCAAAAAACAUCGACAUCGCGUCCACUGUUGAUCUGCGAACCAGCAGCUUGUUCGACUUUAUCCCAGUUCAUUUGCAGGUUUUCACCCGAGGAGUUUCAAGGAGGGCCUUCUAUUCUGGCCUACAAGCCGCCUAGCGGCGUGUAAAUAGGAUAUUGAAGGGAGUUAUGUGGGUAACUAGGUUUUUUCUGGGUGAUAUCCAUUUUGUUCAAGGAUAGGAAAUGGAUAUUGUUGCAUUUCAGAGUGCGGUAUGGCUUUUCCGACAUGGUGGUGGCGUUGAUUAUAUGUACAUACACACAUAAAGUAGCUACUUCAGGCUAUAAUAUUCUACGAGACUAAAUUUCUAGA